CGCGCGGGCGGGGCGGCAUGGCGGCGUUCCGGGCGCUCGGGCUGGCGCCGUGGCUGGCGGAGCAGGCGCGGCAGAUGGGGCUGCUCCGGCCCACGCCCGUGCAGGCCGCCUGCAUCCCGGCCGUGCUGCAGGGCCGGGACUGCCUGGGCUGUGCCCAGACCGGCAGCGGGAAGACGGCGGCGUUCGUGCUGCCGGUGCUGCAGCGCCUCUCCGAGGAUCCCUACGGCAUCUUCUGCCUCGUGCUCACCCCCACCCGGGAGCUGGCCUACCAGAUCGCCGAGCAGUUCCGGGUGCUGGGCAAACCCCUGGGCCUGAAGGACUGCGUGGUGGUGGGCGGCCUCGACAUGGUGGCCCAGGCUCUGGAGCUGGCCCGCCGGCCGCACGUGGUGAUCGCCACGCCCGGGCGCCUCGCGGACCACCUGCGCAGCAGCAGCACCUUCAGCCUGGCCAAGGUCCAGUUCCUGGUGCUGGACGAGGCGGACCGGCUGCUGGAGCAGGGCAGUGCGGAUUUCAGCGCCGACCUGGAGCUGAUCCUGGGCGCGGUGCCCGCGCGCCGCCAGACGCUGCUCUUCAGUGCCACCCUGACGGCCACGCUGGGCCAGCUGCGGGCCCUGGCGGCCAACAGCCCCUUCUUCUGGGAGGCCACGGCCCCGGUGAAGACGGUGGAGGAGCUGGAGCAGCGGUACCUGCUGGUGCCCGAGGCGCUCAAGGACGCCUACCUGGUGCACCUGGUGCAGAGCUUCCAGGACCAGCACGAGGACUGGGCCAUCAUCAUCUUCACCAAAACCUGCAAGGACUGCCAGGUGCUGAACAUGAUGCUGAGGAAGUUCAGCUUCCCUUCUGUGGCUCUGCAUUCCAUGAUGAAGCAGAAACAGAGAUUUGCAGCUUUGGCCAAGUUCAAGUCCAGCAUCUUCAAGAUCCUCAUCGCCACCGAUGUGGCUGCCAGAGGUCUGGACAUCCCUGCAGUCCAGGUUGUCAUCAACCACAACACGCCGGGGCUGCCCAGGAUCUACAUCCACCGUGUGGGGCGGACGGCGCGCGCGGGGCGGCAGGGCCUGGCCAUCACCCUGGUGACGCAGUACGACAUCCACCUGGUGCACGCCAUCGAGGAGGAGAUCAAGCUGCAGCUGCAGGAGUUCCCCGUGCAGGAGCAGGAGGUGCUGCAAAUCCUGACCCACGUCAACGUCACCAGGAGGGAGUGCGAGAUUGAGCUGGAGGGGACGGAUUUCGAUGAGAAGAAAGAAAUCAAUAAAAGGAAACAGCUGAUCCUGGAAGGGAAGGACCCGGAGCGGGCGGCCCGCGGGCGGGCGGAGCUGGCCGGGAUCCGCCGGAGGAACCGGGAGUGCCGGGAGAAGGCGCGGCAGAGCCUGGAGAGGCGGCGGCAGCUGCGGCUGAGCAGGAAACGGCAGCGCGGGGUGGAGAGGAGGAGGAGGAGGAUGGAGAGGCAGCAGGAGGAGCAGCAGUGACUGCCUGGGGCUGGAAUUGCCCUGGAAUUGGGACUGAGCGCUGGAAUGUGGGAACAAAUCCCUGCCGGGGAGAAGGAACAGUCCCGGCAGGGAUCCCGGGAAUUGCUCCGGGAAUUGCUGCCAGCCCCUCCCGGGGAGAGCUUCCCCCGCUCCUGCCGGGAUGGGUCCCUGGGAAUCGCCUGGCACGGUCUGGGAGGUCUUUAUUGCCACAAAUGCCUGGAUGUUGGAGAUUUUGGGGGAAUUGUGUGGGGAUAAAAUGGGGUUUGGGUGAGAA